CACCCAGACCCUAGCUCCAGUGGCCCCCAGGUAAAUUGAGUUUGAGACCCCUGUUUUAGACAUUGAGUAACAUUGAAUUUGGUCUUAAAUAUAUGAAAUAUCACAAAUAUCAACCUUCUGGUCAUUCCAGAUGGCAUAUGAGGGGAUUACCAAAGCCGGUUGCUUUUAAUUUAUCUGUAUUACAACAUGCAGACUACAUUUAAUCGCAGUUGAGGUUUUUCUGACUGUAUAGACCAGGAAGGAAACCACACACAGCGAGCCGAUGUCCUCAAACCGUAUAGGCUCAAAUUGCCAUGCAUUGUUUGCAGACAUUAGCUGAUGAUGUCCAUGAGUAUGAAAUCGCCGGAAGCGCUUUCAGACUGCAGUCAUGCACUAUGAAACCCUACUGAGAGCGAAGGAACGUUUAUAAAUAGAAUGAAUCAGUCGGCACAGCGGUGUCACGGUGGAUGAAAAUAGGGCUCUUGAAAUCGAGCGAGCGGUGAUUGGACACUUUUUUUUUUGUUGUUUCCUCCAUGCUAAUUCUUGGCGUUACUUGUAUUCACAUCCAUUUGGAACAGGUGGCCCGUCCUCCUAUGAACCUCUUCCAUCGCUUCCUCUAUCAGCUGAUCACUACAAGCUGACCUCCUCCUCCCUCUCUCCUCUUAAUGUGGUCUUUCUCUCUGAUCAAAAACCCAAAUGUAGCCAAAAAUCCCCUUGACUGCCUGCACUUGUUUCGCUCUCUCGACUCUCCCUCACUCGCUUGUGCUCCCUCUCUCUCUCUUAGGCCAGCGAGCAGAGUGUUGUGUCGGAGGGCAGAGGGAACCGCAUUAGGGAACAAGUCGUGAAUCCACUUUUCGCCAUCCUCUCUUGCGUCCUCGCUUCCUUCUCCCGUCUGCUUUCUAUCUCUCUGUUCAUGGGGGUUCUGUUUGUGGGAUCUGCUAUGUGUAGCCUCCGCUAUGAAUUCAACGGUGAAGAUCCACCUUCAGAAUGGGACCCACUUUAAUACCUACAUGUACCAGGAGUUUGCCACCCUUACCAAGGAGCUGAACAUAUGUCGAGAGCAGCUGCUGGAGAAAGAGGAAGAAAUAUCGGAGCUGAAAGCAGAAAGGAACAACACCAGGCUGCUGCUGGAGCACCUGGAGUGUUUGGUGUCUCGUCACGAACGCAGUCUCAGGAUGACAGUUGUGAAGAGGCAGGCCCCCCCACCAUCUGGAGUCUCUAGUGAGGUGGAGGUUCUCAAAGCCCUCAAGUCACUAUUUGAACAUCACAAGGCUCUGGAUGAAAAGGUGCGUGAGAGGCUUCGCGUGGCUCUGGAGAGGGUAUCCACCUUGGAGGGACAGCUUUCAGCAACCACGCAAGAGUUGAACAUUGUGAGGCAAAGGAAGGACGGAGACUCUCUGGAGCGGACAGAAGGAUCCAAACCUCCAUGGAAGCGACUACCCAAUGGCUCCAUAGAUGUUCAUGACGAUGGCAGCCGAGUGUCAGAGCUUCAAGAUUUGUUGGAUAGGACCAAUAAAGAGCUGGCCCAGACCCGCGAACACUCUGCAUCUCUUAAUGGCCGCGUGGCUGAGCUGGAGGCCGAGCUCGCAAGUGCACGCCGGGAACUGAGUCGCAGUGAAGAGCUAUCAAUCAAACAGCAGAGAGAGCAGAGGGAGAGAGAAGACAUGGAGGAAAGGAUCACAACUUUGGAGAAACGUUACCUUGCUGCCCAGAGGGAAACCACACACAUUCACGACCUCAACGACAAGCUGGAGAAUGAACUUGCCACAAAGGACUCUCUACACAGACAAAGCGAGGAGAAGGUGCGCCAGCUGCAGGAGAUGCUCGAGAUGGCUGAGCAGAGGUUGGCUCAGACCAUGAGGAAGGCUGAGACGCUGCCGGAGGUGGAAGCUGAACUGGCACAGCGAGUGGCAGCGCUGUCCAAGGCCGAGGAACGCCACGGCAAUGUGGAAGAGAGGCUCAGACAGCUGGAGUCACAACUUGAGGAGAAGAACCAAGAGCUAGGAAGGGCUCGACAGCGAGAGAAGAUGAAUGAAGAGCACAACAAGCGUUUAUCAGACACCGUGGACCGUCUCCUGACCGAGUCCAAUGAAAGGCUGCAGCUACAUUUGAAAGAACGCAUGGCUGCGCUGGAGGACAAGAACUCGCUUAUUCAAGAUCUUGAGAACUGCCAGAAGCAGCUGGAAGAAUUCCACCACACCAGGGAAAGAUUAAUUGGCGAGAUUGACAAGCUGAGGAAUGAGAUUGACCAUUUGAAACGUCGCAGUGGAGUGUUUGGAGAUGGAAGUCACCCUCGGUCCCAUCUGGGUAGCGCAAGCGACCUUCGUUUCUCUGUGGUGGAGGGCCAAGAUGGCCACUACAGCACAACUGUGAUCAGGCGGGCGCAAAAGGGCAGACUCUCAGCACUUCGAGAUGACCCAAACAAGGAUUACCCAUCCCUGCGAGGGAGCGUCAGCCACCUCCUCGGCAGUGACAUCGAGGCAGAGUCAGACCUGGAUGAUGACGUUAGCUCGGCUAUGCUCUCCCCGAGUGGCCAGUCGGACGCUCAGACUCUGGCUCUGAUGCUGCAGGAGCAGCUCGACGCCAUCAAUGAAGAGAUAAGGAUGAUCCAGGUGGAGAGAGAGUCAGCUGAUCUGCGCUCUGACGAAAUUGAGUCACGCGUGAACAGCGGCAGCAUGGACGGGCUUAACGUAACCCUUCGACCUCGGGCGCUACCCACAUCAGCCACCGCUCAGUCCUUGGCGUCAUCCUCCUCGCCACCCACCAGUGGCCACUCAACGCCUAAACACCAUGCACGCAAUACCAGCCACCAUCUUGGCAUCAUGACUUUGCCAAGCGACUUGAGAAAACACCGUAGAAAAGUUGCAUCUCCAGUGGAGGUGGACAAAGCUACAAUCAAGUGUGAGACGUCGCCUCCUUCCUCGCCGCGCAGUUUACAGCUGGAGACCAAUUUUGCUCAGUUUACCGGCAGCCUGGAGGAUGGACGAGGCAAGCAGAAGAAAGGUAUCAAGUCAUCGAUUGGACGCUUGUUCGGGAAAAAGGAAAAGGGCCGAAUGGAGCAGACGAUGUGUAGGGAUGGGCAGCCCCUGCCAGCAUUAACAGACUUUGAUAUGAACAUUGGAGACACGAUGACGCUGGGAAAACUGGGCACCCAAGCAGAGAGGGAUCGCAGGAUGAAGAAAAAACAUGAGCUUCUUGAAGACGCUAGAAAACGAGGGUUACCAUUUGCCCACUGGGACGGCCCGACUGUUGUCUCCUGGCUUGAGCUGUGGGUGGGCAUGCCGGCGUGGUAUGUGGCCGCGUGUCGCGCUAACGUGAAAAGUGGAGCCAUCAUGUCUGCGCUCUCGGACACGGAGAUCCAGAGGGAGAUUGGCAUCAGCAACCCGCUGCAUCGACUCAAACUCCGUUUAGCCAUCCAGGAGAUGGUCUCCCUCACCAGCCCCUCUGCACCCCUGACGUCCAGAACGUCCUCCGGAAAUGUGUGGGUGACUCAUGAAGAGAUGGAGAACCUGGCUUCAUCCACCAAAGCGGCCAACGAGGAGGGCAGCUGGGCGCAGACGCUGGCAUACGGAGACAUGAAUCAUGAAUGGAUAGGGAACGAGUGGUUGCCAAGUCUCGGCCUUCCUCAGUACCGAUCCUAUUUCAUGGAGUGUCUGGUGGAUGCGCGCAUGCUGGACCACCUGACCAAGAAGGACCUGAGGAGCCACCUCAAGAUGGUGGACAGCUUCCACAGGGCGAGUCUGCAGUAUGGGAUCAUGUGCUUGAAGAGACUCAACUAUGACAGGAAAGAACUGGAGCGGCGGAGAGAGGACAGCCAACACGACAUGAAAGACGUGCUGGUGUGGACCAAUGAGCAAGUCAUCCACUGGGUCCAGUCCAUCGGUCUGAGGGAGUACAGCGGCAACCUGUUGGAGAGCGGCGUUCACGGGGCGCUCGUCGCUCUGGAUGAGACCUUCGACUACAGCAGCCUGGCCCUCAUCCUGCAGAUCCCUAUGCAGAACACUCAGGCCCGGCAGGUUCUCGACAGGGAGUUCAACAAUCUGUUGGCCUUGGGGACCGACCGACGACUCGAGGAGUGUGGAGAUGACAAGUCCUUUCGACGCUCCCCAUCGUGGAGGAAGAGAUUCCGGGCCCGAGAGGGUGGCGCGGGGCUGGGGAUGAUGGCGGGCUCCAUGGAAACACUCCCUGCUGGAUUCCGCAUGCCCUCCAUGUCCAUGCCACCCUCGAUGAAUCUCUUGCCCAAGAAACAGCUCCAGCCUGAAGCUCCGCCCCCAGCAUCGCCAAGGCUCGACCCCUCUACGGUGCGGACGUACUCAUGCUAACUCCUUUUGGCUUACUAACAGGAGCCCUAAUGCUAUCAGUGCAUUCCCAUUACCUAUACGGACACAUGCUUGCGGCCUUUUGAGAGUGAUAUGCCAAAUGUGGAGAGAGUGGGAUCAGGGUGCCAGCGGGGAAGGGGCUUCUCUCCAGAUGAGGCCCCCCCCCCCUCUCGCCUCACACCUUUCACCUCCUCCUUCGGACACACGUGCAAUACCAAGGCCGAGUCUGACCUUUGAACUCUUGAGAGCGCUCUCCCAGGCCUGCUCUCGCUGCUGGAGACCCAAGGAGACCCACUCCGGUCUCUCCCAGUCCAACCCAGUGCUCCCGGUAGCCUCGUCGUUGUGGUUUUUGUGCUCCCCCCGAUCUCAGCUGUGGGUCGUCGUCCUCAUUCCUAAAGUGUCAACAUGGCCGACUCAUGGCGGACCACCACUACACAUUAUCGGUUAUGCAAGGUAUUACGCAAUUAUGGUGUCUGUAUAUAAAAUGGAUGAGGUAUGUUUUUUAUAAAGUAUAUAUAUAUUGGAAAUAUAUAUGGAAAAUGAUAUAAUGGCUGUAUGAAAUAUCGCCCUGUAUUCAAUCGUGACUGUUCUCUCACUCUUUCAUUUCCUGUCGGACCUCCGUGUGUCUUUUGCCGUGUGAUGAAAGUGUGACUCGUUAGUGGGAGGACCUCGUUAAGAAGCGUCUCAACAGUUCUCCUCACAGGUUCAUGGGUCCAAUUUCUCUCUUUGCCUCUUCUCUUCUUGUUUUUGACACCACGUAGCUCUCUACCGCCCCCCCACCCUCUUCCGUAUGUAGCCUAGACCGAGGGGUCGAGAACCCGUGGCUCGGGAGCCGCAUGCAGCUUCUUCAGAUUUCCUUCGCCGAGUCAGGUGAUUUGUGCAUUUUUAAAAAGAAUGUGAAAUAUCCGACUCGGUGCAGGUCCGUGAAUGUGUUCUGACUGCUGAUUGGAUGAGCAAGGGAAUAGGAGGCAGGCUAGUGUUACAGUUAAAAUAACACAGUACAGUAAACCUCGGAUAUAUCGGACUCGGAUAUAUCGGAAAUUCGCUCACAACGGACAGAUAAAAAAAGAACCGAUUUUUCUGUAAUGCAUUUCCAAUAAAAAUUCAUUGCAUAUAUCGGAUUUUUUUAUAACGGAUUUCGCCUAUUUCGGACAAAAUCUCAAGUCCCGUUCCAAUGCAUUUCCAUGAAAUUUCCCUGGCAUAUAUCGGAUGGCCGCAUCGUGGCGCUCCGAUUCGCCGAAUCGUGACAGGCCGCUAUACGACGUCAUUUGCAGCGUUUGCAGCGUUGCCUGCGCGUCCAGGUACAUUGGAAACAUAGUCAAGGAAGUGCCUUUUUAUAACGGAUAAAAUCCCAUUUACGCAUAUACCGGAUAUAAAUCCCAUAUAUGCGUCAAACGGACAUUUUCCGGUAUACGCAUAUAACAGAUUUCGCUUAUAUCGGACAAAACCAGUGGGAACAAUUGAAUCCGAUAUACCCGAGGUUUACUGUAUAAUUAUCCAGAUCUAGUAAUAUGUUUUAGUGUGUUUGGCGCUUCGGUGGCGAGAGGCGGAUAGUAACUGCUGACUGGCGAGAAACCACAGAACCACUUCAGCUUUUACGAAGUCUCCAACGACUGCUUCCUACAUUUUGUCGCUAGUCGAUUUUUGGGAAAAUAUGUCACAAAGUCGCCAGCUUUAUCAGCCGAGUUGGCAGAACUGGGUUUGGGGAGUAGAUGGAAGCCAUUCACAAAUGGAGAAUACAUGAAAGAUUCAUUCAUAAAAAUUUCAUAGUUUCUCUUAACCCAAUGAAAAAAUAAAAAAUGAAAGAUUGAGAAAAUGAUAGAAUACUUUCUCUCUGCAAAGACAGCCAAGAACGGGACCAAUAAAAUGGUCAUUGAUGACAAUUCAACACAGGCGUGAACGCUACUGAGAAAUCAACACUUUUUAUGUUAGCCGUUAGCCGUUAAGUUAGCAGUUAAGUCGUUUAAAGAACAUUACAACGUUUACAAGUUUAUGAGCUGUGUCAUGUUUUGCGGCAACACUUUUUUUUACAAUAGGAAGCAAAGUGGCUCCUCCGAAGGUUGCCGACUCCCGGGCCUAGAGAAAUGAUUUAAAAGUGAGUGCGAGAACGAAUGAUAUGAUCAUCUGACUUUUACGAUGCGGAUGUUUGGUUCGACAACACUGUAGCUCCUCCCUCCUGCUGCUGCUGAUGCUGCUGCUCUGCAUCGUUUCAUUUCACUGUUCCUGAUGAUUCCCGUCCAUCCGCCUCCCAUUUAGUUGCCAUGGCGACAUGCCAGUGAGGAGUCAGUACUUUUGGCUGCCCUCGUUCAGUGAAAAACAUAGCGUGUGAUCCAGUGAACUACUGAAUGGGUGUACAAUCUUUUUUUUUUUUUUUUUUUUUUUUUACUGUUUACCAAGGUGUCUAAAAGGUGUAACGUGCUAUGUGGCAGCUAUGAGUACUGUGUCUUUAUUCCAGGUGUGAAACAAUGCUGACAUAUCAAGAUUUUAUUAUUUGGCUAUUUAAAAACUGUACUGUAUCUAUGACACUAUAUAGACAUGAGUAAAGCUGUUUUUUAAAGAUGUGGAUGUGGUGUAUUUUACCCUCAAAGUCACGUCAUUUGGAGAGACGGACAAAUACAAGUGUACAUUUCGGAAGUCCGAUGUCAUAAGGAAAUUUCAGGAUGGUCGCCGAGACGUCAGGUGAGUUAGCGUCAACAUUUGCGAUGAGAAUGACUUCUUAAGAUUCCCAGUGGAGCUAUGGAAUGCUUAAUCCCCGGUAUGCAACCUACUCUAUCAUGUAAUAGCAUGCCUCUUUACGGGGUUACAGGCAACAAAUUAAAGCAUAUUUUCACACACAAAAAAAAUAAAGCACCCCAUACCCGCCCCUAAAACGCUGCCUAAACUCCAUUACUUCCCUGUAGCAGCGACACUGGGGCUUAUAAACCCGACUAAUUACAAUUGCAAACAGCUGCACACAAUUCCACUGAGGCAGGGGUCGGCAACCCAAAAUGUUGAAAGAGCCAUAUUGGACCCAAAAAACAAAACAAA